ACAAAAGACAUCCGAUUGUGAAGGAAAUGCGCACGACACCCUGAAAUAAGCGGCGGAGACCAGGAUCUGGUCUGGUGGUUAAGCAUCUCUUGCCUUCUGGUAUUCACCAGUCACUGUGGCAAGAAAGAUGGCGGAAGGCGCCCGGUUACGAACCAGUGCUGAGAAGAUCCCAGAGGAGCAGGGACAGGAUUCUGGCUCUGGAUCAAGCUCUGGAGGAGUGGCCCUAAAGAAGGAGAUUGGGCUAGUGAGCGCAUGUGGCAUUAUCGUAGGUAAUAUUAUUGGCUCUGGUAUAUUUGUAUCACCUAAAGGAGUACUGGAAAAUGCUGGUUCAGUGGGAAUGGCACUCAUCGUCUGGAUUGUUACAGGCAUUAUCACUGCAAUAGGAGCUCUGUGUUAUGCUGAGCUUGGAGUCACUAUCCCAAAGUCUGGAGGAGACUAUUCAUACGUUAAGGAUAUCUUUGGGGGACUUGCAGGGUUCCUCCGACUAUGGAUUGCUGUCUUAGUGAUUUAUCCUACAAAUCAAGCAGUCAUUGCACUGACCUUUUCCAACUAUGUACUGCAACCUCUUUUCCCAACGUGUUUUGCCCCUGAGUCUGGACUUCGCCUCUUAGCAGCUGUCUGUUUGUUGCUGCUUACCUGGAUAAACUGUUCCAGUGUGCGAUGGGCCACUCGUGUUCAAGAUAUAUUUACAGCUGGAAAGCUGCUGGCAUUAGGCUUGAUCAUAAUCAUGGGAAUAGUGCAGAUCUGCAAAGGGGAGUAUUUUUGGCUGGAGCCUAAGAAUGCCUUUGAGAAUUUCCAGGAGCCAGACAUUGGUCUCAUUGCCUUAGCAUUUCUACAGGGAUCAUUUGCUUACGGUGGCUGGAACUUUCUGAACUAUGUCACAGAAGAGCUGGUGAAUCCCUACCAGAAUCUCCCACGUGCCAUCUUCAUAUCUAUCCCACUUGUCACCUUUGUAUACGUUUUUGCAAACAUUGCCUAUGUCACAGCCAUGUCCCCACAGGAGCUACUGGCUUCCAAUGCAGUAGCAGUGACAUUUGGGGAGAAGCUGUUAGGUGUAAUGGCUUGGAUCAUGCCAAUAUCUGUGGCUUUGUCCACAUUUGGGGGAGUCAAUGGAUCUCUGUUUACUUCUUCCAGGCUGUUUUUUGCGGGUGCAAGAGAAGGUCAUCUCCCAAGUGUUUUGGCCAUGAUCCACAUUAAACGGUGCACUCCAAUCCCAGCACUGCUUUUUACGUGCCUUUCUACUCUGCUGAUGCUGGUAACCAGUGACAUGUAUACUCUGAUCAAUUAUGUGGGUUUCAUCAAUUACCUGUUUUAUGGGGUUACCGUGGCUGGUCAGAUUGUUUUAAGAUGGAAGCAGCCAGACAUUCCUCGACCAAUCAAGAUUAAUCUAAUUUUCCCAGUAAUCUACCUCCUGUUCUGGGCUUUCCUGCUUGUCUUCAGCUUAUGGUCUGAGCCCAUUGUCUGUGGCAUCGGCUUGGCUAUCAUGCUUACUGGGGUUCCUGUCUACUUCUUGGGAGUCCACUGGCAAAACAAGCCCCAGUGCUUCAAUAACUUUGUUGAUGCAAUGACACGUGCAGGCCAAAAGCUUUGUGUGGUCGUAUAUCCUCAGACAGAUAGCAAAGAUGAUGAUGUCAGUGAAGAAACCAAAGAGCAGAGAGCACCAAUCUACAAGCCAGAGUCUAAAGAUGUUGAUGAAGCUCAUGCUUGAGCCCUUUCCGUUGACAUUGAAAAUUCACUCCACUGCUACUGUUCAGACAUGCUGUCAAGACCUCACUGAACAGAUUGGCAGAGAGAAAGAAAAAUCCUGUGUGUACGUGCACCUGUGUAUGUGUUAUUGAGUGUAUGUGCACACACAUUGCUGUGCACAUGUACAGUGCCGACUGUUUGUAUUUCCUGUCUCCAUUGCCCUCAGGUAAUAGUGGUAUCCCAGGGUAUAAUCACUCAGUCAGUGCUAUAAAUUGUCUGUGUUUUGUGACACAGUCGUGCAUUGUCCCGUUAACUCAGUCUCUCCGUUGUACUGUGGGUCUGUUCUUGAUCUCCACUCCAUACAGUGCCCUUUAUUGCUGUAUUACUAUGAGCAGAGGGUGUUACAGCCCUGCUUUGUCAUGUGAUCUGAUGUCUGUGCACCUCAUGUAAGAGGUAUUCUAAGCUCCAAGUGCGUGUGUUUAUGUCUGUGUCUUGAUCCCCUGGCAAACCUACUAUUAGUACUUUAGGUAAUGGUCUGCUUCACAAGAUGGUUUCAAAGGACACUAUAUACACACGCCAGAAUGAGGUACCUGAAAUCAGUAUCAGUUUGAACUUUCUUUACAUGGCGUUGUGGCUUAGACUGCAUCGAUUCACAGAGAAUCUCUGCUGCUCAGAACAGAUUAUGCUAGACAAGGGUUUACACCUGACAAUCAAGAGACCUGCCUGGACUGACUCCCAUGCCUUCUCUGCAGUCCGCAUGUGGAAUACAAUAGGACUUCUGAUCACAUGCCCCGCUGAAAGUGACUGUCUGCAGAGGAAGGCAGUGUACAGCCAGUGCAGUCUCAAGUCUUUCUUCUCCCCGAACUGUAACAAAACAUUGUGCUCCUUCCUUCACUCCAAAACUGCAAUUAUCCAUAGCCUCAUGGGGGAACUCCAACCUCUCAGUACCCAAAUACACUCCAGGAGCCUAUCUACCAGGUGUGUUCAGUCUCCAAAGUACUCUACCUGUUUUAUAUAUUUUUUUUUAUUUAGGAUCUUUUUGUUUCUGAAUGUAAUAAAACUGGAUCUGGUGCCUUUUGGUGA